AAAAAAGGGAGGAGCGCAGUCGAGGGGCAAAACCACCUCCGUGCGUCAGUAUGCGUUUAUAGCAAGCAUGGCAGGCGACAGCGAGACAAGACUGGACAGUCAAGUCGAAAACGUUACACGGCAACCUUUCCUCAUCGGGGUAGCAGGAGGGACUGCCAGCGGCAAGAGUUCUGUCUGCGGUAAGAUCAUGGAGCUGCUUGGCCAGAACAAGAUUGACCAUCACCAGCGCCAGGUGGCCAUUCUCAGCCAAGACAGCUUCUACAGGGUCCUUACUCUGGACCAGAAGGCCAAGGCACUGAAGGGACAGUUCAACUUCGACCACCCAGAUGCAUUUGACAACGAGCUCAUCGUGAAAACAUUGUGGGACAUCUUGGAGGGCAAAACAGUGCAAAUCCCAGUGUAUGACUUUGUCACCCAUUCCAGGAAGGAGGAGGUGGUGAUGGUGUACCCAGCAGACGUGGUGCUGUUCGAGGGCAUCUUGAUGUUCUACUCUCAGGAGAUCAGGGACCUGUUCCAGAUGAAGCUGUUUGUGGACACAGAUGCAGACACACGGCUCUCACGCAGAGUCCUCAGAGACAUUGGCGAGCGAGGUAGGGAUCUGGAGCAGGUGCUAACGCAAUACAUCACCUUUGUUAAGCCUGCCUUUGAGGAGUUCUGUCUGCCAACCAAGAAGUGCGCUGAUGUGAUCAUUCCCAGAGGAGCAGAUAAUCUUGUUGCCAUAAACCUUAUAGUUCAGCACAUCCAGGACAUUCUGAACGGUGGUCUGACCAAACGCCUGAACAGCAGCCUUAAUGGUUACGGUACUCCCCGUAAACGGCAGGUGUCUGAGUCUAGCAGUCGGCCCCACUGACUGCACCGUCCCUCUCUCAGCGCCAGGGAUCGAUGGUAGAGGAGAGGAGGGCUCACCUGUACAUACCUACCUACUGCCUGUCCGCAACACUGUAUUUAAACACCAGAAUGAUUUAUUUCUCUAGCAAGAAGCUGCAAGACCUUCAUUUGAUAUAGUUUUUUUUGUACUGGAGGAUGACAUUUUUGAAAAGGGAGGAAGAGGAUUAGCUGUUUGUUUUGGAACUGUUUCAGGUCAAAGGUGCAGCAGUUAUUUUAUUUAUUUAUCUAUUUUUAUUAUUUCUUCUGGAUUAAAUUUGAGUUUACAGAUGUGAAUAAAUAAGGAGGAAGAUGGUUCAUCUGGGUUGAGCUUGAGACGUUGGUGUGCGUUCAGUGGUCAGUGCAUUUUUGAUUGGUCAUGUCUGUCUUUACUGUUGUUGUAUUGGAAUGGAAGGGAGGACGCGUGACAGAUUUGAUAUGUUAGAGGGAACUAUCUCUCACACACACACACACACUAUUACUUUGGAAACUAUCCAAGAACCAAGAUGCAAAACUAAAUACAGGACAUGUGCCUGCCAUACAUAGUACUGAGCCUGUUCUAUGUAUAGAUGGAGAUCUGUUCACUUGUCAAUGUACUGUAGUCCCUCGUUACACAUUCUGACGCACCAUAGAGAGACUCUGUAUGAGGUGAAGUGUUAGUAACUGCUAUUUGCUACAAGCAUGCUCUUAUUGAGUUAAAGGGAACAUUUUCUCAGGCCCUACACAGAUUAUCUGCCUUUGCUGACCAAUCCAGUGGGUCAAUGCAACUUCGUUGUCUCAAUCUAAAAAGAAUACUGAACUACUUGACUUUACAAAUCAAAAUGGUGUUCUUAGUUUGUACCUAAUGUAUUUCUUAUUAUUUACUCUAUUGAUGUUGCUCUUUUUCAAUCAUUUGAGUUUCACAGUAUUUGCUUGUUACCAUUCAUCUUGAACAAACAACCUGAAUUUGAGAACAUCAAAACUGAGACUGUCUUUUUCGUCAAUCAAUCUUUACCUCGGCCAGUUUUGUGUAUGGGGAUUGACAACCCCACCCCAAAAUUGAAGUGUUCUGUACUUGUGCCCAUGGCCCCUCUUUUAAAGCCCUAGACAGGGGAGUUUGUAAAGCCCCCAUGUCUAUUGAAUUCUUUGUGGUUCCAACUCAACUUUUUUUCAUUAAUAAAAGCUAAUGCUCUUGAAGGAUAAGAUCACUGCAACUGCCUCUUUUUGAACAGCUAACAUUUGAUAGCAAUGUUUAGGCCAAGGCUAUAUAUACUGUAGGUUGUUCUGAAUUGCAGGUUAAUUUGAAAUACAUUUUCACUUAAAUAGGACAUGAUCUCCAUCUUAUUUUCUACAUUAGUAACAAUUCACUCUUCAAGCAUUAGUACCUUUCAUUGCUCUUUACUGCUGCUAUUAAACAGUGUAGUUCAUCAAUGUAAAACUCCUGUUUUUUUUCUAUUCUUAUUUUCUACAAUUUUGCAUGAAUUUAACAUGUACCCAGAACAUUUUCCUUUGGUAUUCAGCUCUCUGUUAAUUAAUUUAGUUUUAUUCUCAUUCAAUUGCUCCAUCAUGUGUUUGUUUAUUCACAUAAAUAAAAAAUAUACUGCAAUAUUUCCAGACUGAUUAGAAGGGUGAGAUUAGGGUCUUAGUAACACUCACUCACUGAAUGACAUGCUAUUAGUGUUAUACUCAAGGUUGUACUGCAUUGCAUAGGGUAGCCUAAAAUCACAAUAGAUUGUUUUGCUUUCAGAAAUAUAUGGGUACUAAACUCCUGACUGCUGUGCUAUGUUUCCUACCUCUUUAUGGUACCUGUAUGCAAGUGUAUACUGUAGUUUUGUUUACAUUUCGAGGGCCAAUGAUGGGCAUGUCACAAUGUUGAGACAGCCAGCCACAUGAGUGUCGCCCGCAGUCCAUCCGUGCAUCAUCAUACCCUUUGUUUAUUGGCUUCGGAUUGAUCGAUUAUUGAAAUGAGAAAUGGUUUCUAAAGUAAUGUAUGAGCAUACAAUCGGACUUCUGCAAUUGCCGUACAUAAAGGCAUGAAUGUUGACUCCAUGAUUAGGCUAUCUACUUUGUGAGAUGUAGAACUAGAGAAAGUGAAUGGAUCAUUAGAAUGUCAGCUCAGGAACUUGAGAGAUUUUGAAUAUGAAUAUAACCAUGAACACUAGUAAUACCUUGCCUGUCUAAAAUGUAGAGGAAAUGCCCUAACUUGAAUUCAAUGUACAUGACCUUUAAUUUCAAAGGCCUUCAAAAGGUCAGUCAAGCAAUGCCUAUCAUAGGCAGCCAUCUAGCAAACAUUCAGUAACAAAUGCAUUCCUUUGCAAAAAAUGUAUUAUGGUCCAAAGGCUGUUGAUGUGGAUUAUCUGUAUUUCAGUCAUUAAAAUGUUGCUUUGUGUAUAAUUGUAUAAAUUUAGCUUCAAUGUUGGUGAUGAAAUCUGCUGUACAUAAAACACAUUUUGUCUGGCAAUUCAACUCAAUGACAUGAUAUGAGUUACUUACUUGCAAGAGCUAGCUAGCUACUGAACUACAUUUGUUCCAUGAUCAGGUUGUAACAGUAGACCCAUGAGUAAGUAAUGUCAACGGCCUCAGUGUGAACAGUCACUUUGAAAGUAGUAAUGUUCUAUACAGUAUGUGUGAAGUAUGAGUCCUUUGGCACAGCUCAGGCAUUGUUGUACAUGACUUUAGCACACAAGAGACCUGUAAGAGAGAAAGAAAUAGUAUGAUUAACCCAAACUUUUACCAGACCACAAGUAAAACAGAAAACCAAGUUACCCAUCAAAUUGUGAUAACCAUGACCUAACUGCUUUGCCUCAAAGUUGGAAUUAUAAAAUAGUAAUAUUAUUCUUUCAUGUAGGGAUUCAUUUUCUGGUUGUCACACACCAGGAUAUGACUACAAGAACCUUCAUAAUUGUAUUAUAAUGUAAAUAUAAUGCAAACAAUCAAUCAAACAAGGAAAUAAAGUUUUUGUAUUAUG